AUGGCGAAGAGAGGGGAUCCAAAGACACUUGUACUAAACAACUUCGAGGAAUUGAAAUUUGUAGACAACAUCUUCUGCCCCUAGAGAGGACAAUUGCGACUGUUUCGAUUCCAUCCCUUUGCAAAGUACAAAUGUACGUUCCUAACAGAUAUAUGGUUUCGAAAUUGGUGUGUUCUGUUCCUAGUUUACAUAGUAUGGUAUGUCAACCAAUAAUAACAGUUACUCAAGCAAUACAAGGAGCGUUGUAAGAUCAAACAACCCCAUAUUUUCUAUUCGAUUGAAAGUGAAAGCCAAAAAACAAUGAAACCCGGCUAAUUUGGAUAGACAGAAGUAUUUUAGAUUUUUGUUUUUUUUGAAUAUGGUCAAUUAACUUUGCAUGAAUUAACAGAGAGAAGAUAAGCAAAACGAUAUCUGGUACCUGAACCAGAAGUUUGGUGUCUUAUUAAGGGAGUAAUGCAAGCUAUGCAUUUCUUUUAAAAUAAUAAUAUUCCCCAUGGAAUGAUCACCACCAAGACCAUCUAUUUUGAUGAGGAGUACCUUCUUUAUAGAGUUUAUGAUUAAGAAUUAAUUGGUGGUAGAUGGGGCAAUUUCAUCAAAUAUUAACAAACAAAGGACCCUGAAAUCUAAGUAUUUCUGGCCCCAGAGACCAAACCAUUUUUCAAUUCAGAAGCCAGUCUAUUAGAAACAGCAUAAAUUAAUCCAUUCAAAGUAGAUGUCUUUGCUUUUGGGAUUGUGCUCCUGCAAUGUCUCACCUUGUUUUAAGCAUUCGAAAACCCUCUGAAAUGGCUAGAUUAAUUUUACUCCAAGAAUUUGAUGACCUUCAUCACAUAGUGCAUAUAGCCUGAUCCCAAUAAGCGUUAAGAUUGGAUUGGACUAUAUUAACUGCCACUAGAACCUAGCUAAGACCAAAAAAUUAAUGAACGAAAUUCUAUGAUUCAAUCUCACCUUGAGAAUAGAGGCUAAAAAUCAUAUAGAUGA